CUGUUUUAGUACCGGGAGAGCCACCGUACCGAGACACAUUGGAGCUGGAAUACAGUCACUUAGAACUCGAUUAUGUCUAGAUUUCUACUUAAUUUAUCAAAGACAAGGUUAUUUAUUUUCCAGCGUGAGGUCUACAGUUAUAUUUAUUCAUGCUGUCACGGUAGCAUUUCGUCUUAGACGGAUAGAUAGACAGAUAGCCUCAUAAACCUAUUUAUUAUUGCACUGCCAACCCUUGUUCCUUUCCUGUGUCAAUGAUUGUCCUACCCUCACUCUCAUGGCGGAGACUAAAAUAAUUUAUCACAUUGACGAGGAGGAGACUCCUUAUCUAGUGAAAUUACCCGUUUCUCCUGAGAAAGUCACUUUAGCGGAUUUUAAAAAUGUCCUUAACAAUCGUCCGGUCAAUAGCUACAAAUUCUUUUUCAAAUCCAUGGACCAGGAUUUUGGGGUUGUCAAAGAGGAGAUUUCCGAUGACAACGCCAAGUUGCCCUGCUUCAACGGGAGAGUGGUGUCCUGGCUGGUCCUGGCAGAGAGCUCCCACUCUGAUGGGGGGUCCCAGUGUACAGAGAGCCACCAAGAGCUGCCACCCCCCCUGGAGAGGACAGGGGGCAUCGGUGACUCCCGCCCACCCUCCUUCCAUGCCAACGCAGUAAGCAGUCGGGAUGGCCUGGACACGGAGACGGGUACAGAGUCCCUCCUGAGCCACCGUAGGGAGAGGGAGAGAGAACGCGCACGGAGGAGAGCACGAGAGACUGAAAUCCCUCGUAUCAAUGGCCACUCUAAGUCAGAGCGCACAGCCAGGGACUCUGCCAUGGGCUACGACAGCGCCUCAGUGAUGAGCAGUGAACUGGAGUCCAGCUCCUUCGUUGACAGUGAGGAGGAUGAGGACGCCAGCCGACUCAGCAGCUCCACAGAGCAGAGCUCGUCUUCUCAGCUGAUGCGCAGACACAAACGCCGCCGACGGAGGCACAAAGUGGCCAAAAUAGACCGGUCUUCGUCCUUCAGCAGCAUCACAGAUUCCACUAUGAGCCUCAACAUCAUCACUGUCACACUCAACAUGGAGAAGUAUAACUUCCUGGGUAUCAGUAUUGUGGGGCAGAGUAACGACCGGGGGGACGGCGGGAUCUACAUCGGCUCCAUCAUGAAGGGAGGAGCUGUGGCUGCAGACGGCAGGAUAGAACCUGGAGAUAUGCUCCUACAGGUGAACGAUGUGAACUUUGAGAACAUGAGCAACGAUGACGCUGUGAGGAUCCUGAGAGAGAUCGUCUCCAAAACAGGUCCUAUUAGUCUUACUGUGGCCAAGUGUUGGGACCCGUCUCCGCGAAGCUACUUCACCAUCCCCCGGGCUGAGCCAGUGAGGCCCAUCGACCCUGCUGCCUGGAUCUCCCACACAACGGCCCUGACCGGACCCUACCCACACUACGAAUUUGACGACUUGCCGCUAUCUGCGAGUAAGACGGACAUGGCAACCAUCGUCAAGGUGAUGCAGCUACCUGACUCUGGUCUGGAGAUCCGGGACAGGAUGUGGUUGAAGAUCACCAUCACCAACGCUGUCAUCGGUGCUGACGUGGUGGACUGGCUCUACUCAAGGGUGGAGGGCUUCAAGGACAGGAGAGAUGCUAGGAAGUAUGCCAGCAGUCUGCUGAAACAUGGCUACCUGAGACACACCGUCAACAAGAUCACCUUCUCAGAGCAGUGCUACUACACCUUCGGAGACCUCUGCCAAAACAUGGCGUCUCUCAACCUGAAUGAGGGUUCCAGUGGUGGGGGCUCUGAGCAGGACACCCUGGCCCCCCUCCCUCCCCCUGCCACCAACCCAUGGCCCCUGGGGGGCCAGCCGUUCCCCUGCCCUCCCUUCCCCUCCGCCCCUCCAGGCUUCCCACCAGGCUACUCAGACCCCUGCCAAAGUUUCCACAGUGGGAGUGCAGGCAGCCACAACAGUGAGGGUGAGUCUGCAAGGCUACUAACACUAGCAUCCUUAUCAAUAAAAACUUGAUUUGUUUUUAUUGAUAUUUUAGAGGAAUCGUCACAUGACAUUAUGGCUGUGAUUAUUCAUGACAGCUAAUGUCAACUGUUGACAAAGUAUUGUAUUUAAAUUCCAUAAGGCAUGUAUGUGCCUGUUAAACUUAGCCUGUUUGCCAUGCCGGGAAAUUAAGUUGACACAUAUUUACUUGAUAGAGUGUGUUCUUAAAUGGUCUUAUAUUGUCAAUGUCGAUCAUGAUUCAACAUGGUUCAUGCAGGGGACAGCUCUUCAGUACUGGCUGUGUAAACUAAGGACCUUAUCUGCUUAUGGCUGAUUUUUGCAUGAACAUAUCAACUGAGGUCCCAGUCUCCCAUCAAUAUUGACUGAGCCUAUGUUUGAUAGCAACAUUAGACAGUACAGUGCUCUGUUGCUGCUGCACUGCUUGUAAUUGUGCCGACAUAGUACCGCACUGAGGGAGAGUGGAAUCAGGCUGGUGUGGUAAUUAGUCAAUAUGGAGGAUAUUUCUCGUCUGUUUUACACGUGUCAUCAUAGUGCUCUUCAGUCUGAUUUCCCAGCUUCUGUUCAAAUCACCAAGAAAUCAAUCACCCAGACGUUGUUAUUCCCAUUGCAUUCCAUCCUUAUUGUUCUGGAGUGUUCUGAGUGGCGGAGAGGUUUGAUACAGUAAUGAUACAGAGGAGGGACCAGGAUGAACUCUCAGUAGGACUGGGGCAAUGUUUACAUCUCUUAUUUAUCUUUUCUAUAAAUUGUUUUGAUUUACAUUUUUUUAUUUGGCAAUUCCAAGUGGGUGUGCGUGUGCGUGUGUGUGUGUAUGUGUGUUUUCCAUGAGUAGAACAGUAUCUGAGGACAUUUUCUAACUCAUGGUUCAGUGAGAGAGCUGUACAGGUUAGGACACAGUUGGACCAGAACAGGAUGGGGAUAGACUUCACUAGAGGUAGGUAGACAGGUUAGGCUGGGCUGGGAGGUGACAGUAAGUAGACAGGUUAGGCUGGGCUAGGAGGUGACAGUAAGUAGACAGGUUAGGCUGGGCUGGGAGGUGACAGUAAGUAGACAGGUUAGGCUGGGCUGGGAGUUGACAGUAAGUAGACAGGUUAGGCUGGGCUGGGAGGUGACAGUAAGUAGACAGGUUAGGCUGGGCUGGGAGGUGACAGUAAGUAGACAGGUUAGUCUGGGCUGGGAGGUGACAUUAAGUAGGCAGGUUAGGCUGGGCUGGGAGGUGACAGUAAGUAGACAGGUUAGGCUGGGCUGGGAGUUGACAGUAAGUAGACAGGUUAGGCUGGGCUGGGAGGUGACAGUAAGUAGACAGGUUAGGCUGGGCUGGGAGGUGACAGUAAGUAGACAGGUUAGUCUGGGCUGGGAGGUGACAUUAAGUAGGCAGGUUAGGCUGGGCUGGGAGGUGACAGUAUGUAGACAGGUUAGGCUGGGCUGGGAGGUGACAGUAAGUAGACAGGUUAGGCUGGGCUGGGAGGUGAUAGUAAGUAGACUGGGUUAGACAGGUUAGGCUGGGCUGGGAGAUGACAGUAAGUAGACUGGGUUAGACAGGUUAGGCUGUGUUUGGAGGUGACAGUAAGUAGACAGGUUAGGCUGGGCUGGGAGGUGACAGUAAGUAGACAGGUUAGGGUGGGCUGGGAGGUGACAGUAAG